ACAUGCUACGUAGUAAGAAAAAAAACCAUCACAGAGGAAAAACAAGAAGAACGGCAAAAUCUCGGGGAAGUUCGAAACUUAUGGAUAAAAGGAGAAAAGCAAAACUCGAUAUGAAAAAUAAAGACGACAUUAGCUGUGAAAAUUCUGCAAAUAAUGGUAAGGCGAAGGAGGAUGGUAAUUUUGAUAACGAUUUCAAAUGGCAACAACUUUUAAAGCUAUAUUCUUAGUUUUGAGCCAAAUGACUUGAUCAAGUCUCAACCUACGAUGUAAAGAUUUUUAACACAUGGACGAAAUUACUCAUAUUCCUUAACAUUAUAUCUAAAAAAACCAAGUUUGUCAUUGAAAUCAACUAACUAAACAACUUUGUAUCUUUGCUUUGCUUUGCUAUUUAAGUAUUAAAAAAAUUUUCAUUGGACAAAAAUCUUAUUUAAAAUCCCCUGUAGCUACAUGUUUUGUCAUUUUUAGGCAAAAGUGUAAGCAGCAGAAAGAGAAAUCAUAGGGACAAGAUAAGACAUCAUGAGAGCAAAGACGUAAUUUUUCUUUUGGAGGCAGCAAGAGACGAAAUCUUCCGAAUGAAGGAAAAGACCUUGUCCAAUCUUGCUAGAGCUGCUGCAAAAGCACAGAAAGCAAUUGAAGGACUUCAGCACGUGGUUAGAGAGCACAUCAACUCAAAGCAAGUAAAGACGAGGCAGCUCCGCGAGGCAUCAAAAGAAAUCAAUCUUGUGCGAUUCGUGUUUGACUUCAGGGCAUAUGAAGUGCCAGGAGAAUACGAAGAGGACGAAAACAAGGAAGAAGCAAAAAAUGACAAGAAACACCAAGAAAAGUCAUUCAGCAUUCCUAACACACACACACAAGCUUCAAUGAAAAGAAUAGGAAAAGACCAGGGCGGUUGUUCAAAAUUGAAAAUGACGUUUAAAAAGACAAAAGCACGAACGAAAGUGACAACUGUUCUCAAUUCUUGUAUCCAUGGCGAGAAAACAACAGGCAGUUUGGUGACACAAAAGCCUAACGGUGUUGAAGGAAGGCAAAACCAAGGUAAAGAAGUAAACAAUAAGAUGAGACAUUCUAUGGGCAAUAGAGACACGAAUAACGGAAAAGAGAUUGAUCCAAUAUGGUUUCGCGAGAGCAAAGACAUAAUUCAUUAUCUGGAGGCAGCAAGAGACAAAAUUUACCGAUUGAAGAAAAGUACUUUGUCCAACCUUGGUAGGGCUGCUGCAAAGGCUCAAAAGGCAAUUGAGGGACUUAAACACGUGGUUAGAGAGCACAUUAACGCAAAGCAAGUAUCUACGAGGCAGCUCCGUAGUGCAUCAAAAGAAAUCAAUCUUGUGCGAUUCGUCUUUGACUUCAGGGCAUUUGAAGUGCCAGGAGAACACGAAGAGGACAAAACACACGGAGAAGCAAAAAAGGACAAAAAGCAGGAAGAAAAUUCAUUAAGCAUUCCACCAUUUUCCAUCACACAUGUCCCAAUAACAGCAAUGGGAGAAAGCCAAGGUGAUCAUUCAAAAUUGAAAGCAGAAAAUGAUAUAACCAAAGUUAGGGCUAGACGGCCGGAACUGUUGGCUAUUUCUGACAGUGGAGAAAGAACAAAGAAAGAGCUGUUUGCACAAAAUACUAAUGCUGUGAAAGCAAUACAAAAGCAAGGAAGUCCUUAUGCCAAUGACGCCAAACCUGUAAAAGAAAUGGUUUCUGAGAAUAGCAAGAUGCAAAACGAAAGAUUCUCGCUGGACAAAGAAAAAGAAAGAGUAACGUCGGUGCCAGCGUACCGUCCGAUGCCAUUACCGCUUUUGGUUUUAGAGAACCUAGUAGUAAUAAGACCAAUCGUUCCGAGAAAGAAUGAAUGUAGUGAAAGGUCAACGCCAAGUGUAAGAAAAGAGAAAUUCAAGGGUGAAAUAUACGAGAUUAAUACAAACAGAGAGAUUAAUGGUACGAUAGGGAGCUUUCAAAAAGAGAAUGAGUUAGUAUUGGGCUCAUCAGUCAAGACCGUAGAAGAUGCCAAUGGGUCGACCACGACCACGGUUUUGAUGGAAAAUGUUAAACGUAUGUCUGUUGGAUGUUGUUCAAUCCGGCUAGAGGCAGAUGAAGAUGUCUAUGCAAAUCUAAACCAACAAAAAUUGAUUUGGGAAGCCUGCCCAAGUGACGUGAAACAAGAUCCUCUAGCUCCAUUUGAGCCCAAAGCACAUGUGUGCCCACUAUUUGCCACAAUGGACGCAGAGAAAAGUUUAUCUCUCAACAUUAUAACCAACGAACCACCCAGAACGCAACAAUUGAAAUUUCCACUUGUUGUACGAACAACAGCAAACACUCAAGGCAAUGAAAGUUGUUUGGCUGUCGAUGUUUCCCCUCGUUAUCUAGCACCGAAGGAAGAGGAAAACAUAUCCAGUGAUGUUUGUCAAGCAAGAAUCUCAAACAUUUCAAACGAAGUGGCAUUUCUUCCAACUAGUAGAGGAUUUUCAUUGCAGGUGGAACCACUAGCAAUCAACACAACAAAUAUCGAAGCUGAAAGAUAUGAACCUGUCCAAAUUUCAACUGAAACGGAGAUGGGGACAAAUGUCUCCGUAAACAGUGACAAAUGUUUUUACGAAGAUGUUCAAGAAAAUGCACGGAAAGAAGAGGCGGAAGAAAAGAAGAUCACUGUUGACUCAUUCAGUUCAAAAAUCUCAACGACAGCAGAGAAUAUAAACAAUUCUGAGAUUCCAGUCACAAAGACACCCCAGAAAUCUUCUGCUGAUACUGUUUCAUCAGAUUUGCGACGCAAUGAAAAGGCAUCUCAUGUGGUUUCGACAAAUGCAAUAAAACUUGAGGCACACGAUGAUGAUUAUUGUGUCGCCGGCUCAUCGAAUGUCUCUAUAAUUACUAACAAAGGGUUCCUGGUACAACUGUAA